AUGGCGGAGUUCAUGAUGCGUGAAGAAAAUAACGGAUUUCUAGGGUACAGUCCAAGAGGAGGAGAAAUCGCCAGAGAUACUAUUAAUUACUUUAUCCCACCUGCGUACACUAGACAGCCGUUGCCUCUUCAGGAAACACGAGCAUAUUAUACGGUUCAUAAGGACGUCAACACCGAAACCGUGAUUCCCCCACCAAGAGGUUCUCUUGGGAUUUUCACGAAUGAAGACAAUAUUCAUGACACAAAGCACAACCUCCUUAUGUCGCUACUUGGACAACCAGAACACCUUCAUAGUGCGCAGACCACAGUACCACAAAUAGGGGAUAUUAUUUCUUCUCGUCUUUGUGGUUCUCACUGUGAUGCAUCUUUUAUAGAGGAUUCCCAACUCUUGGUGCAGUUGAUUUCUUGUAUUUUGUCUGGUCAAGGGUGUCCAAAAGAAGCAGGUUUUGAACGUAUAACGAGUAUAGACUUAAGUCACACCGUACUAGGCGUUGUUGGCUCUCGAAAAUCUCCUUACUAUGCUUAUAAGGACGGCAAUCCAAUUCCGAGAAUUAACGGAAGCUGUACCAGAGUUCUUCCAUUCUUUCCUAACGGAAUACAUAUAGGUGAUAAAAGAAAAAAUAGUAAAAAAGAGGAUACUGCUUAUUGUAGCCUUGCCUUUGCGUAUAUAUCUCCAUUGUUAUGGAUCCUAGGUGAGACUCGUUUCAACAUCACAGAACUUACAUGUCAACAUUGCUGUUUGGGUGACCAUGAUGCGAAGGCACUGGCCUUUAUUCUUCGCAAGCGCCAUUCUAGAAGAAAUGUGUGCGUUCUGGAACGAAUAGACUUUUCAUUGAACAACAUUACGAAUGUUGGUGCUGAAGCACUUAAAAAAGCAGUUAAGUAUAACAAACACGUGAAAACACUGAAUCUUAUCGGAAAUGAAGGUAUCACAGACAUUCGAAUUCUCGAAGUGAUAAAAAAGCGUCUUGAGCGCAACAAAGAGGGUCGAAGCAAUUUAAAUUAUUUUCAGCGACUGAAAAGGUGGCUAAAGGGGAAAUAG